AUGUCGCUCCUCCACCGCCCCAUAUUCCCUCUUUUACCCCCACCCGUCUACGACUCCCCGCUAACUCUCCCCUUCAGAAACCAGAAGACGCGCGCCCCGUUUAAGCCCAAGUCAUCCUCUCGUGGCUCCUCCUCGUACCAGCUCCGGCAGUAUGCGGAGCAGACGCUUGGCAGCGGGAGUUUGAGGAAGGUGGUCAAGUUGCCGGAGGGUGAGGAUCUGGAUGAGUGGUUGGCAGUUAAUGGUUUGCCGUCCCUUCUUCGGAUGAGUGGGAGGUAUUGAGAGCUGAUGGGGGAUCGGUGGUAGUGGUCGACUUUUACAACCAGAUCAAUCUACUCUAUGGUUCCAUUACGGAGUUUUGUUCGCCUGUGACGUGUCCGGAGAUGAAGGCUACCGAUGAGUUCGAGUACCUCUGGCAAGAUCAGAACAAGUACAAGCGCCCGACAAAGAUGCCGGCUCCAGAGUAUAUCGAGCACUUGAUGGCUUGGGUGCAGGAUAAUAUCAAUAAUGAGCAGAUAUUUCCCUCGAGGAUAGGUUGGCAGCCCCCGAGAAGUUAUGAUGUGGUUUCUAACAGGAGGGAUUCUCACAGGCGUUCACUUUCCGAAGAACUUCCAGGCUACAGUUAGACAACUUGUCAAGAGACUUUUCAGGGUAUACGCACACAUCUACUGCCAUCACUAUCCGGUUAUCGUGGCGCUUGGACUGGACCCUCAUAUGAACACCAGUUUCAAGCACUAUGUUCUAUUCAUCAAGGAGUUUGACUUGGAGAGUGGAAAGGACUUUUACGGCCCUCUGUCGGAUAUGGUUGAGACUAUUCUCAAGACAGACACAUAACUUCCCUCCGCGAGGAACGAGCAUCCCGUGGGCACGGGCGGGGUUUUCAUUUUUCCUUUGUCUGGUCUGUUUCUCGAUAGGUGCUCGGAUAAUAUGCCGGUACCCUUUAUGCAAUGUGGCACGGUGUAUGGUCGGCAUACGGAUAAUAUUUUUUUUCUGGGGGUGUAUUGUUAGACUCAGAUUAGGCUUAACCAUUAUUUCUAUCAUAACUAUGGGGGAGUUUUUAAUUUUUUUAAUUUUUUUAUUCUUAUCUAGGAUAUCCUACUCGCACUUGUGGGAGCAGUUCUUUCCCUGAGAUGGAUGGAUAAGGCCAGUUUCUCUCGUCAUCGACCUCGAAACUAUUCGCAGUUUGUGUUGGACCGAGUGAAUUGUAUGGUAUCAUAAGGUUAUGUGGUGGAAAUAUUUCCGGCGGAGAAGAGUGAAUCUUUUACAGCACCGGUAUAGUACUGUAUUAGUACUGGUAUUGUAUUGUGUUUUGUAUAACUAAGUCUUGUAAUAAAAUCUACGGCUCCAAGC